AUGCAGACAACUAUCGUCAACGCGCGGGCUGCGGCCCUUCGCGGUGCAACGCGGCCUCUUUGUCUAUCACCCCGUUUGCGUACGUAUGCAACGCCGGUGGCUGUCAAGCGCGACGAGGAUCCCCAGCUCGCGGGCUACCCGCAACUACCAUACAUCUCGCGACAGCUUCUCCCUCCAAAGGGGUGGGAGGACCCGCAAAUGCGACGCAACUUUGGCGAUACACUCCACGAGGAGGAGGAAGUGCUGUCGAUGUGGGGUCCCGAUGUCUCACCCCUGCCGCCCAAAACCGCGCUCCGUCAGUUCACAAUUGCAACUCUCGGCUUUGUUACUUUCGGUGUGGUGGUCAACUACCUCGUGCCAGCCAGACCAGCGGUUCCCCGUGAAUAUCCAUAUUCUGGUUUGGUGAAGGAGCUGGGUGGGCUCGAGGAGAACAAGGCAAACCCGGAGGAUGAGUCCGAUGAGGAUUAG